GCCAUGCCAUUUCAUUCAUCAUUUUGUUUGAGUCAUUUCUUUCUAUUCAAAUCAAUUCAAUACUAACUAAUACUUAAAGGUAAAUUAAAUCACGUAUCCGCUGACCGACAUUGUUUAUUUUAGAGGUAGUACAUCUUUCUAACAAUAUUUUUUUGGAAAAAGCCAAAAGUAUCGUACACAAAUAACAAUAACAAUAGUGUUCAGUGAUAGCUUUACAAAAUAUGCGUGCCUUGUUAGUUGCACCGGCGGCAAAUUUACGCUGUUAUUUGUGAUAAUAAAUAGUGAUUCUUCAAAGAUGAAUUUUAUAAUUUUAUAUUUGAUGUUAAUAACAUCAAUGUCGCUCGGCGAUGUCGGCGAACAAGAUCUUAAUGAAAUAUCAGAAGAAGCGAAUGCAGUUAUAAUAAAUAAAUGUUGUGAAGAAAACGAGAUCAUGGUCGAUUCCGGAUGCAGAUUAGCUGAAAUAGUCAACCAAACAUUGUGGAAACCUCAAUUUAAAACAGAAGAUGGUAAAGAUGUUGAUGUGAAAUAUUUCCGUUAUGUACAUGGUGUGCCAGAUUGUGAAACAACAGAAAUGAGAGGAAUAUUCCAGUUUGGAAAGUCAGAGGAUGAGUUAAAUCUACUAUCAGAUGGUCGAUUACGCCACCUAAUCCAUCAUGAACACAGCUCUGACAGCAUUAAAGAGGAUACAUUAAUGAUCAACACAUUUAGUAUCCACGAUCCUAUUGUUAUACCAGAAGAGAAGGAACCUACAUCUUUCAUUCAUGUUCAAAAUAAAUAUUGUAUGGAUAAAAUCUUAAUGGCAAAUACAAAUGAGACAGGUGAAUAUGCUGUUGUUUGCAUACCAGAAGUAAAAAUUAAUUGGAGAGAUACAAGUUUUCUAAUGAAGAAAAUACUGAAUCCACUAUUCCAUGCAAUUGCAAUGGUACUAUUCCUUAUAGUGGCUAUAAUUUACUUUGUAUUGCCCACACUGAGAGAUUUGGCAGGAAAUAUUAUCACGACAAUAAACGUGUGUCUAAUAGUAAGUCAAGCAGCUGAUCUAGUAAGAAUAUUUACUGAAUUCAGUAACCACGUCAGUUUUAUGAUCACUGAUAUAAUUUUAUAUAUCAGUCUAUUGGGCGCUUUCUUUUGGUUGAACAGUUUUGGAUUUUAUGUUUGGAAAACCUUCAAAUCUAGAAAUGUCUUCCUCAGAGUCACAGAUGUGCGCAAAUAUUGUUACUACUCCAGUGUAGUGUGGUCCAGUGUCACAGUCAUGGCCGCAAUGGCUAUUUGUGCCCAUUUUCUGCUGGAUACUGGUACAAAUCCAAACAGGAAAAUGCGAACACAGUUCUCAUCGUCAAUUCUUGUUGACGAUGCUGAACAAGAAACUAUUGGAUGGCUUGGUAUCGCAAUUUUUUUCACUCCAGUUGCAUUUACAAUUAUUUUUAAUAUUUUCUUUUAUAUAACAACAUUAAAAGUUAUAAAAAGGAUAAAUAUCUAUGGCCGGAUUCAUCACAAACUGAAAGGAUGUUUCAAUUUGUUCCUGCAAUUGUUCCUGAUCAUGACGACUGCUUGGCUAUUUCUCCUUCUCUCUUGGCUCAAUUUUGAUGGAUUAAUAUACGCUCACAUAGUUGUCAAUAUACUUCAAGCAAUCCUCGUGUUCUACGUGUGUGUUGUACGACAAUCGCACGUCACAUUUCUCUUAAGAAAGAGCUGUUGCUACGCGGAACCAAUACCCACCGGUGAGUGGGGUGACGAGAUGACGCAUAUGAAUGGUGGUAAUUACUAAUUAAAAAGUCUGAAUAGGUUGUAAAAGUGGAUUAUGGGCAUAGAACCGUAUGACAGUAGGACAGAUUUACUCGGUCACAAUUUUUAACGCUCUUAUAUUCAGGGUUGUGUUGUCAUGAGUAAAAAGUAUUUACUUUAUCAUUGGUAAAAUAUCAAUAGCGCCUAUUUUUUUUUAUUUUUAAUAAAUAAUUUCUUAAGCAUGAAGAAAUAAGCUAUGAGGUUAUACAAAUUACAAAUAUGAGUAAUUUAAUAUAACAAAUUUGUUAUUAAAAUGUAAUAUUCUCUACUGGAAUUAUUCAUUAGAAAUUAUGAUAAGUAAAUUAAUUUUCGACUUUUUUUUAAUAUCAUGACAUUACUAGUAGUUUGCCCAUAACUUCUUAUUCAUUCAUUAAACGUGGUUAUGAUUUGGCGAAAGGUGCUGUAGUGAUAUUAUACAUAGUUAAUGUACAAACAAAUGCAGCUUCGCUUGCAUCAAUCACUUUAUCCAUAGUAAAAAAUAAUAUCUUUUUAUGGAUGUUUUAUUACUUUGAAAUAUCAAUGAUGAUUUUGAAACGGGAAUUUAGAUAUUAAUAAUAAUCUUCGAUUUUAUAAUUAAGUACUUAACAUUUUUACAAAAUCAUAUAACGCAAACUUGUUUUAAUAUUAUUAUGUACAAGUAUAAAUAUGUAUAUAGCUAGAAAUAAGGUUUAUAUACAGCUCACAGCGACUUCACCAGUUUUUACACGUUCCUAGUGUUAUUUCAAUUUAAACCAUACUCAUUUAAGACUGUAAAAUUGAAUCUCAUUGUGGCCCAGUUAAACAAGCACUGACAAAAAUUUUAAGCUUUAUAAAGUUUUUAUUGACAAAUUAUUUCUGUGAUGUUCAGCUUAAGAAUAAGUGUCUUACAUAAAACUUGUGCCUUUUACAAGUGUCUCGAAAUUAGGUACCAAGUAAAAUGAAUUAAAUUUAUUCAUAAGGGUAAUAUUAAAAAUUAAGAUUGUACGGCUUUUUUGCCGCUAAUAUUAUAAUUGCCAUAACUAAAUCGGAAUGCUCAUAAAGAUACUUAAUUUUGGUGUUGUUAAUCAAAUAACUAUUAUCAUAGGAUUUAUUGAUAAUAUCCAAUUAAAUUGGUUUAACAUGACAAGAAAGAGAAUUUAUUAUUUUAUUGUUAUUAUGCACCUAAUGGCACAAAUGAUAACAAAAUUAUGUUAUCGGUAAUAUGCAUAAUCAAACUAUUUUGUUUAUUAAAUACACGACACACACUAAAGUCCAUUCUAAAGGGCAAUUCUCAAUCUCUGAAAUAUUACUGUUUGAUGUUACAGUGAAAUUAUUUAACUAAGGAACACUAAUAAAUAAUAUUUGAGUCAGAAAUAUUAAAUAAAUUUGUCCUGGAAAUCUGUAGCACAAUACUUUCAUACGCUUUAGAACCUACCUCUAGUUCUCUUAUCUUAUGAUCUGGAUCAUGUAAUUGAAUUUUUAUUUGUGUAUAUUGCCGAUGACUUGAUUACGAUGAUAUACUAAUAUAUUAUACAUACUCAAUUUUCUAAGGCAGCUCUUAUUCAUAUCAUAUAUUAUAUUAACUAUACAAUAAUUGUACAAGUAUUAUAGAAGAUAAUGUUCAUUUAUAGCCAGAGUUCUGGUCUUACUAUGAAUUAAUGCAAAUAUAAAGUUGACAAAUGUCACACAUAUUAAUCGAUUUUUUAUAAUAAUAUAAUAUAAUCAAGUAAUGAAAUAAAAUCACAGAUUUUAGCGUUAACAAAUAAUUAUUCAGAAUAUGUAUUGUAGUAGUGAUUCUAAAAUUCUGUUCUCUCUAAAAAUAUCUCUUAAAUUAGUGAAUUUUUGAGAAGUUUAAUGAAUAACAUUUUGUAAUUUGGUCCCUUUGUAGUAAGAAUUUCGAUACAAAUAAAAUCCGUCCUGUUAAAUAUAAAAUAGUGGCUAGUGAUUAUUAACAAGUUAAUUAACAUAUAAUAUGCUCUCUGAAUAUUGACUUACUGUUUUAAAUUGUACAUUUCACAAUUCACACGCCAAUAUCACCUGCUAUUUCAAGUACCUAGUAAACUUAUGAGUGAAGCAUUUAUUGUUUAUGACUUUUUAUUCUAAUGUUUUAUUACAAUAAACCAUUUGGGUAUA